GUAAAUCGAAUUUGGCACGAUGUUGAAGUUUCAAACUGUGACCAAGGAGGACCUAAAAUUGGCUGCCUCCAUUCAACGGAGGCGGCAGACCGACGCGGAGAGGAAAGAACGGAUAUUCAAUUCGCGGUUCAGAUUAAUCGGGAUAGACAAGGAAUUCUUGGACAAACAGGUCGAGGAAAAGAAGCAGCAACGUGAGCUGGAACAUGCCCGAGAAUCCCAGCUCGACGAGAAUUUGCUUCGCUGUAGUCAGCUCGCGGUGCAACGGCAGAAACAAGAAGAAGAGGAGAAACGACGAAUAGAAAAAGAAAUCGAGGACUAUAGAAAAUGUUAUCAGCGUCCUGAGGAUCGUCAGAACUAUGAUCUGGAGAAAGGCGAUCGCGACCUAACCAUCGGCGGAGGUUUCGCGCAGCUAUUGGAGGGCGAAGCCGGUGAUCCGAAGGAACGUUCCAAGGUGCAAAGGGAAGAGUAUAGGUGGUGGCUCGAGAAGCAAACGAGCGAGCGCGUGCAGGUAAAAAGAGAGCUUCAGGAAGCGGACGAUGCAUAUGUGGCAGCCGUCAUCGCCAGAGACCAGCGGGCCAGAACGCUGGAUCAGAUGGAACGAGACUGCCGUCGAAGGUUGAACGAAGCCAACGCGCGAUUUAAUCGAGCCCUGGCAGAGGAGCAGGAGUACCGCCGCCGCUGCGAAGCCCUUCAAGAGGAGGAGGACAAGAAGGCGGAUAUCUACAAUCACGUGACUGGAGACUUCCUCACCGAAGCCAAAGAGCAGGCGGAGAGUACCCGUGGACCGCACAGACCUCUGGCCACGCGUUACAAGGGCAUGACUGCCGAGGAGCUCAGGGCUUUCAGGGAAGCGCAAGCAAACCAGUUGAAAGAAAUCGAGCGAAUGAAAUUCGAGGAGAGGCAGAGAAACGAGGAGUGGGACCGGUUAAUGAACACCCAGGCGGAGCUCGCGGAUUCGUAUCAGAAGGAAAUUGACCGGAAGAGAGCCGAGAUUAAGAAGCAAGUAGCCAAAGAAAAUUUAGAACUCGCGGAACAGCACAAAUCCCAUCAGGACUAUCUGAAUCGUGUGCUUUACAAGAAUAAGCCGACUGCGGCCUUCUUCGAACAAUUUAACAAAGAUGCUCGCUGAAGGGGAAACUCUCCCCGUAUUAUGAUACGAAUAAAAUAUUUUUUUAACAAAUAUCUGUAGUCUAUACCAAUUUUUAUCCUUCUUUUAUCCUUAUAUGUAAUCAAAUAUACGACUUUAAAAAGAUACCGUGCUUCUAGUCAAUGAAUUUUAAUGAAUUAACGCCUAAAUUAAAGCUUAUAUCUAAAUGAAUACUAGCGAAUUCAAUAAAUACAGGAGAAGUUGCUUUUUAUAAUAGAAAUUCAUCUCAAAACAAUUGCUUAUAGUUAAAAGCUAGAUAUCAUCAGACAUAAACGAAAUUCUUCUUAGAGUUUCAGUUUUAAUUUAGGUUACGUUAAAUUAUUAAAAUUUGUCUAUCAUUAGCAAAGAUAUUCGCACUAUUCUAACACCUGCUUUUUGCCUUCGCUUACAAUAUUAUGAAACAGAAAGAUGCGAAUGUCUUCACUUUGAAAUAAAAAUUGCAAUUGAUUGAAGAUUUAAAUUAAAACUUACGUGGAUUCGAAAGAAUAAGUUGAAUCCUGCAUCGCACAAUUAUUUACAACAAUUAAAGAGACAGAGGAUAAUUAGAGAACGAAGUUCAGUUCAAUUUAUGGAUUAUAUGACCAUCUAGCGGUACGACGCUAGUACUAAUCGUCAGAAAUUGAUUUUCAGAAAACUCGAACACUUUACUAGGAAACAUUUAAAUAUAAAACGGUUCAAA